CUUUCUGCCAAAACUGUCGGCCAUGGCCCCGAUCAAGAAGCAGGUGACUAAGGGUGGCAAGAAGAAAAAGCAGGUCUUAAAGUUCACCCUGGACUGCACACACCCUGUGGAGGAUGGCAUCAUGGAUGCUGCCAACUUUGAACAGUUCCUUCAGGAGCGCAUCAAAGUAAAUGGCAAAGCUGGGAACUUGGGUGGUGGCGUGGUCUCUAUAGAAAGGAGCAAGAGCAAAAUCACAGUGACAUCAGAGGUCCCCUUCUCCAAGAGGUAUCUGAAGUAUCUUACCAAAAAGUACCUCAAGAAGAACAACCUGCGUGACUGGCUGCGUGUAGUAGCUAACACCAAGGAAAGCUACGAACUGCGCUACUUCCAGAUCAACCAGGACGAGGAGGAGGAGGAUGAAGAUUAAAUCCAUGCCACUCUUUUGUAAAUGUAAUAAAUUUCCAAAAGAAAUCA